UAAACCAGAGAAGAAGAAGAAGAAGAAGAAGAAGAAGAAGUCAGCUGCUGGCAAAAUGACAAAAGAAAAAGAACACUGCCUCGAUCAGACAUAAAGGGUAGAAUGGAUGGUCUCAGUGUACCUCCAUGAGAAGAGUAGCACCAUAGAAAGGAUAGUCGCGCAGUGGUAGUCAGCUACAAGCAGAGGAAGUAUGGAGAGUCCGGAGUUAAGUUUUACUUUGGCCUACAUUGUGUUCUGUCUGUGCUUCGUGUUCACGCCCAGUGAGUUCCGCUCGGCCGGCUUGACCAUCCAGAACCUGUUCUCGUCCUGUUUGGGGAGCGAGGAUGUGGGCUUCGUUCAGUACCACAUUCGGAGGACCAGUGUCACCGUGCUGGUCCACUCCGCUCUGCCGUUAGGUUACUACAUGGGGAUGUGUGUUGCUGCUCCGGAGAAAAACCUGGGAUACAUUCACAAGGUCAGUGACAGCUGGAGAUUAUUUCUCCUCCUCUCUAUCUGCCUCCAGUUGGCCAGCUGGACACACGUCAUCUACUGGUCCCGCCGUCACUGGCACAACCAUCCAAUCAGCCGUGGCCUGCAAGCCCACGUGCAGCCUCCCCAUUCUGGCUGGGGCUCUAUGGCAGCUAGUGUCAACACUGAGUUCAGACGCAUAGAUAAGUUUUCUACAGGGGCACCUGGAGCCAGAGUUAUCGUUACUGACAGCUGGGUGUUAAAGGUUACCACAUAUCAUGUGUACAUGGCCUUACAGAGUGAAUGUCAUGUGACAGUGACAGAGUCCAGGCAGCACCAACUGACUCAAGACUUGGCCUCCCCUGCACAGAUCUUGACCCUGAGAGUGGACAGCAUCAACCCUGCCAUCAGACACUAUGAUAUCAGGCUUAACUCUACAGAGUACGCAGAGCUCAGAGAGAAGCUCCAUGCUCCCAUCAGAAACUCUGCCAAUGUAGUGAUCCACCAAACGAUCAGUGAACUCUUCCUGGAAACAUUUAAAGCACAGGUGGACCUCAAUCAGCCAUACACACUCCCCAUCGGACAGGAGAUGGAGCCCUGUAUCGGCUGUAUGCAGGUUCCAGCAAACACUAAGUUGGUCAGACUCUGCCACACAGAAGGAGCUGAUAAUGAGUCAGGCUGCCAGCAGUGUUUCUGCAGACCCAUGUGGUGUCUUUCCUGUCUGGGUCGAUGGUUCGCUAGCCGCCAAGACCAACAAAGACCUGAGACCUGGUUAUCCAGCAGAGUCCCCUGCCCCACCUGUAGAGCCAAAUUCUGUAUACUGGAUGUCUGUGGGGUUCACUGACAAGGCGCGCCAACAGAUCCAAAAUUACCUUUUCAUCUGAAAAUAAGAACAUUUAAAGGGGCAGUAGGCGAUUCUCAAACAAUACACGUUUUGUAAAAAUCUGCGAAUAUUCGGCUUAGGUGCAGCCCAGGUUCUGUAAAUCAGAAAAAAAGUGUGUACCGCCACAGAACAAUGCAAGUACAUUUUGUUAACAUCACUCAUCGUCCCCUUAAGAGACCUGCCAGUGGGUGGCGCCGCAACCCUGCGGUUUUAUGGCCUAUUGUUUAGUGCGUCGGACUCCCAUAACGGAGCAGGAAAAUCGCAGCAACAAAGAGAAACAAACGUUCUCCAAAAUCACUUACUGCCCCUUUAAAUGACACCUGCACCAUUGUUUACUCUUUCAAAACAUUUUCUCUUUGGUGAUGUUGUUUUGCAAAAGCACAAUUGAUUUUAUAUUUUAGGUUAAUUUUCUUUUCAUGAACGCUUCUGUUUGUCACAAUGAACAUAUAAAUGUCACCUCUACCCACAUGGUUUAAAUGCAAGGAAAGGUGAAAAU